AUGUUGGUGAAUCGGCAUGAGAGGCCAUUCGUGCUGGGGUGGUGGGGCCGCGCUCUGGCCUGGCUUUUGGUUCUGGCAGUGAUCGGCAUCUCCGUGUUCUUCGUGUGGGCCUACGCUCUCCAGUUUGGUGCUGAAAAGACGAGUCGCUGGCUCACUUCCCUUCUCGUAACAUUCCUCAUGUCCAUCCUGGUGGUGGAGCCUCUCAUGGUGUUGUUUGGCGCGGCGGUGACGGCCUCCUGCUGCAAGAGGAAGGAAUUCUGGGCGGUGGAUGCCGAUGACAUUGACUUCGAUGAAGUGGAGCCAGACCUUGAAAUGGACGAAGAGUGGCAGCAUCUUGAGCCACUUGACCCCACCUAUCCGAGGAAGGUACACAGUAUCCCCGGAAACAAGGACACUUCGAUGCUGGAUGAGUUGCGUGUCAUGAUUGUAAAGGAGCGAGAGAUGACGCUGGUCCUAAGGGACGUAGGCGCUUACUUCAUAUUUGUGUUUAUGGUAAUGAUCCUGACGUACGGCGAGAGGGACGAGUCCUCCUACCGCAUGGUGGCCAACUUCAGAAACGCCUUUAUUAAGGAAGGAGACAUUAAAUGGGACUACACGAACAAGGUAAUGCUGUCUGACUUGUACAGUUCCUUUAGAGGAGUAACAGUAUCACAGUCAUGAUUAUUGAGAGCAUGAUAAGGGAAGCCUAGAUAUUAUAUGUACAUUAAUUUCUAUAAUAAUAAAACAUAAAACAGUAAAAGAGGCCUGAAUAUGGAAAGAUACUAGGGUAAAUUUAUGAUAUUAUCUUAUACACUAGUUUCUAAUAAAAAAUAAUAAAAAAAAAACAAAAAACAUAGGACUGCUAAUAGGCAGUAUGGUAAAUCCGUACCAUGUUCAUCUACAGUAGUCUCUAGAUUAAUAACUGGAACACAUGAAUGAAUAAGAAGAGUAUGAUGAAGUAAAACUGUCAUUACUUUUCAACACAAACUCCUAUUGCAAAAUAAACAGAGGAAUGGGUCAGGAGUAAAGUCAUG